AUGCCUCUUCAGAUCUGGUGUGACUGUGAAGAUGGACGAGGAGAGGACAUUGAACAACUUGACUGUGAGCUGCCAACAGACACCCCACUAAUCAGCAACAAGAUGCAGCUGAAGCCAGCUGCUGAUAACAUUGAUCGUACUGAAGAAAAUCAGACAAAUGCAUUGCCAAAUUUGGUGCAUGACAAAGCCACACAUGAUGAAGAUGCUCCCAGUUCACCGGAGUCUGUCGUCACAGAGACCGAUGUGAGUCCUCUCUCCUCUGCCAGCAGCCGCCUCAUGUCCCUGAACCUGAACUCAGAGCCUGAGAGCAACAGUGUGAAGCAGAGUGGGACCUCCAGUGGGGUUCACAGUGCACAACACCAUGAUACAUUCAGUGAGGACGAUGACGAGUACUCUUUAUAUUCCAGUCGACUGGACAGUAAAGCAGCCAUGGAGUUUCGUUCUUCAAGAUAUCGCAAGAACUACUCCUACACCAACGAUGAGGUGAAGCGCAUAGACCGAGAGAACCAGCGCCUUCUUCAGCAGCUUUCUCGAGUCUCUUCGGGCUCCAGACCCGGAAGUGUGUCAGGGCAGAGACACAGUGUGGCGAGCAGUACCCUCCUAAACCACCUUCCUCACAACGCAAUUAACAGAGAGCGAGAAAAGCAACGAAUAGAGCGGGACAACCUAGCGUUUUUGAAAAGACUUGAAGCCAUAAAGCCAUCUCCUGGUAUGAAGCGUUCAGAGCAACUGGCUGACUACCGCCGUCAGUGUGGUUACCUCGGAAUCUGUCCUCUUUACCCGACCAGCCUGAAGAAAUCAUCCAGUAGAGAAGCCCUAGGGAAAGGCUGUUCUCAAAACAAAGACCCUCAUCGCAGAGCCAGAGCAGCUUCCACAACCACAGAACCCAGGACAAGGCAAACCAAAGCAGCUCCCAAAGCGAGGUGUUGA